CACGUGGCAGCUCGCGAAUACGGGCUGCAACAGGUGGCGCGCGGCUCCUUUAAGGGCGCGCAGCCGCUCGCCGGCCGCCGCGCAUAAAAGGGGCGCGCGGCCGCUCUCCUGCCGCAGUGCCCAUCAGCACCGUCCCUCAUGAUGAUGAGCUACGCGCUGGACAACCCGUUCGGCCCCGCAGCCUUCCGCAAGGCUGUGGGCGAGCCUCCCCGGAGCGCGCCGCGGCAGCCCGCCUCCCUGGGCUCGUCCAGCGGCUUCCACUCGCACUCGUGGUCGCGGGGCUCCGCGAGCUCCGCGGUCCGCCGCAGCCACAUGUCGUCGGCCGACAGCCUCGAGUCCUUCAACGGGGACGCGCGCUCGCGCAACGAGAAGGAGAUGCUGCAGGCGCUCAACGACCGCUUCGCGGGCUACAUCGACAAGGUGCGGCACCUGGAGCUCCAGAACAAGCACCUGGAGGCGGAGGCGGCGGCGCUGCGCCAGAGCCAGGCGGGCCGCGCGGCCGUCGGCGAGCACUACGAGCGCGAGCUCGGCGAGCUGCGCGACCUCGUGCUGCAGCUGAGUCGCGAGAAGGCGCAGGUGCAGCUGGAGCAGGAGCGCGUCGACGAGGACGCGCAGCAGCUCAAGCAGCGGCUCGAGGAUGAGGUGCGCGCCAGGGAGGAGCUCGAGGCCGCCACGCGCGCCAUGGCCCGCUACAUGGACGAGUCGGGCUUGGCGCGUCUCGAGCUCGACAAGAAGCUGCAGUCGCUGCAGGAGGAGGCCGCCUUCCUCCGGAAGAACCACGAGGAGGAGGUGGCCGAGCUCCUGGCGCAGAUCCAGGGCGCGCAGGUCACCUUCGACGUGCGCGACGCCAUGAAGGCCGACGUGACGAGCGCGCUGCGCGAGAUCCGCGCGCAGCUCGACGGCCACGCGUCCAAGAGCUCCGUGCAGGCGGAGGAGUGGUUCCGAGUGCGCAUGGAGAAGCUGUCGGAGGCGGCGCGCUUCAACAACGAUGCCAUCCGCAACGCUCAGGACGAGAUCUCGGAGCACCGGCGGCAGCUGCAGUCCCGCACCAUCGAGCUGGAGACCCUGAAGGGGACUAAGGAGUCUCUGGAGAGGCAGCGCAGCGAGAUCGAGGACCGUCACCACAGUGAUGUGGCAUCGCUACAGGAGACCAUCCACCAGCUGGACAUGGAGCUGAAGAACACGAAGUGGGAGAUGGCCAGUCAGUUGAGGGACUACCAGGACCUGCUGAAUGUAAAAAUGGCACUGGACAUUGAGAUUGCUGCUUACAGGAAGCUGCUCGAGGGUGAGGAGACAAGGUUUAUUUCUGGCCUGGGUCCUUACUCUUACAUCGAUAGCACCACCAAGAUUUCCUCUCGGGUGAAGGUCAAAUCUGAAGAGAUCUCAGACACUGUCAUUCUAGAGGAGCAGACUGAUGAGACCCAGGUCACAGAGGAGGUAACUGAAAAUGGUGAGGAGGGAGAGAAAGAAGGAGAGGAAGAAGAGGAGGGAGAGGGAGCAGGAGAAGGUGAGGAUGAGGGAACUGGAGAGGGACAAGGGGAAGAAGAAGAAGAAGAAGCAGCAGAGGAGGGUCAGGAGAAGGGAGCUGAGGAAGCAGCAGAGGAAGAGGCUGAGGAAAAGGCUCAGGAGGAUACCAAGACUGCAGGUGGAGAGGAGGAAGAGGAAUCCAAAUCACCUGCUAAAUCUCCAGUUGCUCCAAAAUCACCAGUAGUGAAGUCCCCAGAACCCAAAUCCCCUGCCAAAUCUCCAGAAUCUAAGUCACCUGCAGCAAAAUCACCAGAACCCAAAUCUCCUGCCAAAUCACUUGCAGUGAAGUCUCCAGAGCCUAAGUCACCUACAAAAUCACCGCAACCCAAAUCCCCCGAAUCCAAACCCGCACCUGAUACAAAAGCCCCCGAAUCUAAGCCCCCAGCCGAGAAAUCACCCACAGACAAGUCUCCUGAAUCAAAAUCCCCUGGAAAGAAGUCUCCAGAAACAAAAUCUCCAACGCCCGAGUCCCCUGCUCAGGAGACAGCAGGGUCAAAAUCUCCGGAAACUAAGUCCCCUGCAGAAGAGAAGGCCAAAUCCCCCACCCCGAAGUCUCCCAUCCAGGAGAAGGCCAAGACCACUCCAGAGGAGAAGGCCAAAGCAGCAGCUCCAAAGGAGGCCGCCAAGCCGGAAAAGGAGGAGAAGCCAACUGAGCAGCCCCAGGCACCCAAGGAGGAAGCCAAGAAGGAGGCAGAGCCCAAGGUGGAGGACAAGGCUGAAAGUAAGGCAAAGGAGACAGAGCCUGUGAAGAAGGCUGAGGAGAAGAAAGAGAAGGAAGAGGCCAAGAAGGAACCCAAGCCUGAUGAACCUCCCAAGAAGGAGGAGGUCCCCAAAGCCCCAGCAAAGUCUGCAGAAGAAAAGCCCACCCCCAAGGUUACACCUAAAGAAGAACCUGUUGCUGCUAAGAAGGAGGACGAAAAGCCAGCGCCUCCAAAAGCAGAAGAGAAAACGGCUAAGGUGGAAGAGAAGCCGAAGGCAGCUCAGAAGGCUGAGGAAAAACCAGAGCCCAAGAAAGAGGAAAAGAAACCUGAACCUAAGAAGGAGGAGAAGCCCCAAGCAGAGGAGAAGGAAAAAGAAGCCCCAAAAGCUGCUGCGAAGGAGACUCCCAGUGCCAAAACGGAGAAAGCUGAGAAAUCCUCCAGCACAGACAGCAAGGAGGCCAAGGUGACUGAUGAGAAAGCAAAGAAGUGAAUGUGAGGCGAUGACGGUCACCAGUGGCAGGGCAGGGCAGGGCGACAGGACAAGCGACGCCAAAGAACAUGCGGGGAGGGAGGAAGACACCAAGAAGCCAAACAGCCUUUUCUCAAAGUGGGUGGCCAAAGCAAGCAAGCAAGACAAGUAGGCAAGCAAUAGCGUCUCUUUAGCUACUCAAACACGUGAUGGCCAAACAUGUUAUGAUAGCUUAUAUAUAUGAUUGUAGUGAAUGCAGAAUGCUUUUAUUACACUUGAAUGUGACGACUGCCCCAAAUAAGUGCAUUUAACAAACUUCAGGCUGGGUGAAGGUAUUGGUGAACACGUCUCAAAAAUAGCUUUUCAAGUUAGAGCCUACAAAAAAGAAACCGACUGUGACCACGUAAAUAUGUAUAGUGAUUAAUAUAUUUGCUAAUUUACAAAAAAAAAAGCAAGGAGAGAAUGUAAUGACAUGCUUGUUGUGCACCUUACGGUUUCUUGUCACUUUUAAAACGAUGACGCUGUCUCUGUGUGUAACCAACUGAUUGUUGACUGAGCAAUGUAUCCCCUGCUGAGAACAUGCAAUAAUGAUACAAUAAAAAGAGCUGAAAAAGUA